CGGGUCGCCAGAGCUUGGGGGGUCACCAUGGCGAGUGCGCCUGUUAGUGUCAGCGCUAUGCGGGAGACUAUGGACGUGCUACUUGAAAUCUCCAGACUUCUGAACACAGGUUUGGAUAUGGAGACCCUAUCGAUAUGCGUGAGACUCUGCGAGCAAGGGAUUAAUCCAGAGGCUUUGUCUUCGGUUAUAAAAGAGCUGCGCAGAGCGACAGAGGCACUAAAGGCGUCUGAGAACAUGGCAAAUUAAUCAAAUGAAUCGAGAACGGACUAAGAGUAUUAUGCCUUCAAAUCAAGCAUGGAAAUCUGUUUUUCAUCAUACUACAAUAGUAAACAAAAUGAACAGUCUUGUAUUAAGAGCUUAUAUGAAUCAGUCUUUGUAUUUCCUUUUGUUUGAUUCAGACUAUUUGAAGUAUUUAAAGUAUGGACACAUCUUUUGAAUUGUACGGUCUGUGUUUUGCAAGGCAAGCCUUUAUUAUUUAAAGUCAAUGUGGUGCAAUUGUAUUAUGAGACAUUUUAUUUUAACCAGAAUUGUGUUGUAAAAUGGACAUUUUUUUUUUUGUAAAACGUUUGUUUUUACGCAUCAUUUCAGAAGUGUUUGUAUAGCUAUGCCAUUUUGUGUACUUUGUAUUAAAUACAGUGUAUUUUAAAUAUUUUGAGUCUAAUGU